CUCCUUUCCGGUGCUGUCGCUCCUCCAGUCGCCGCAGUGCUUCGCCGCUCUCCCCCCCCAGAAUCCUCUCACCUCCUCCCCUCGAAGGAGGCUGCUUCCACCUUUGUCCCAUCCUCCUGCACGCCACCGGCAAAUGCUCGCUCCCCUCGGUGCAACUGUGGAAGCGACCGGACGCGCGGCUAACUGAGCCCGAGGAAAGGUGCACCAAGGGCGGACGGCGAAACGCGGAGACGCCGGUGGCUGUGACGGUGGUCUGGUUCUCAUUUAGCCAUGCCGGUGCCAGAUCAGCCCGCCGAGCAGGAAAAGGGGGCCAUGGUUCCCCCGGUGAUGCCGGCCUCCAAUGGAGACAGAUCUGAGACGGAGACCACUUCGUCUAUCCUGGCCUCAGUCAAAGAGCAGGAGCGGCAGUUUGAGCGGCUGACCCGGGAACUUGAGGCCGAGCGUCAAAUUGUUGCCACGCAGCUGGAGAGAUGCAAGCUGGGAUCUGAAGCGGGCAGCAUGAGCAGCAUUAGUUCGGUGGAUGAGCAGUUUCGUUGGAAUGCUCAAGCAGAUGGACAAAAGGAUAUUGAAGAUGAGCUGACCACAGGUUUGGAGUUGGUGGAUUCUUGCAUCCGUUCCCUUCAGGAAUCAGGGAUCCUAGACAGCGUGGAACGACCAGCGCUGCUCUCCCAGAGUUCCUUGCAGCUUAACUCCACUCCGGAGGCUUCGCUCCAGUACUCUGCCAGCUACCAUAGCAACCAGACCCUCGCCCUUAGCGACAGCAUCUCCGCAGCUUCUCCUCAGCGCAGCGGGCAGGUCGGAGGAGCCGUGCACAGCUAUAACCAGGUGACAUCGAGCCGUUCAGCCCAGCAGCAACAAUCACAAAGUGGGGCGGGCUCAGGUAUCUACUACUCUAGCUCCACCUUACCUGCCCAGCGUGUCAAUUCUCCGCUGUGUGGCGGCGGAGGCGGUUCAGGGCCCGGGUCCCCCAAUAAACUCCAACGCCUGGGAUCGGCGUCCGAUGCUUCAAACUACGCCACUACUCAGCGACUGCCAUCCUCCUCCUCUUCGUCCUCCUCUCCCAGCAAACAGUGUCCUGCUAAUCGACUGGCAAAGUCCUACAGUACCAACAUUGCCGUGACAGCAGCAGGAGGUGGUGGAGGCUCUCCCCUGAGGUUGGCCUCUCCACCCAACUCCACCGGAGCAGGGGGAGGGGCCAGUUCAUCGUCGUCCCCCCUCCAUCAGAUGAGCUCGGGCAUCGGCAGUUAUGCCACUUUGUCUCCCAAACGACUCGCAGCUCACCACGCAUCCGACCAGUACAAGAUUUCCCACGAGCUCUACGCAACUGCAACACUCCAGAGGCCUGGCAGUCUAGCAGCCUCACGUGGCUCAUACAGUAGUCAGCACAGCCAGGAGCCUCUUCGACCGUUGGGGUCCCCAGAGCACCAUAUAGACCCCAUAUAUGAGGAACGUGUCUACCACAACAAGGGUCCAAUGAGGAGCCUCAGCCAGAGCCAAGGGCCAGACACUGGCCCCUAUCGCAACAACACCGACUUUUCCCAUCAUGUCCAUGAACACGUCCUAAGUUAUGUCCUCUGUCCCUACUUUCCUGCCAUAGCUCCCUCCUCCCCUGGUGUCGACUCCACCCCUUUGCAGCGAACAGGAAGCCACGGCACCGGUGCAGGAAGCUACGGCCGCGGCGGGAUGAACAACUAUGCCACGGUGGGACCGGGCUACACCACAAGCGGAGGUGGAGGGGACAUGUACGGUUCGGACCCCUACGUGGCCGACCCUUACCGCACCCUGCAGUACUGCCCCUCGGUGGUGGAGUCGCCUUACAGCAAGUCUGGACCCGCCCUGCCGCCGGAAGGCACCCUGCAGCGCUCACCUUCUAUUGACUCUAUUCAGAAGGACCCCAGAGAGUUUGGCUGGAGAGAUCCCGAGCUGCCAGAGGUGAUACAGAUGCUGCAGCACCAGUUCCCAUCUGUGCAGUCCAAUGCUGCGGCGUACCUCCAACACCUCUGCUUCGGAGACAACAAGAUCAAGGCCGAGAUCCGCAGACAGGGAGGUGUUCAGCUGCUGGUGGACCUGCUGGACCACAGGAUGAGCGAGGUUCACCGCAGCGCCUGCGGUGCCCUGAGAAACCUGGUUUACGGCAAGGCUAACGAUGAGAACAAGGUGGCCCUAAAGAACUGCGGUGGGAUCCCGGCACUUGUACGCCUCCUGAGGAAGACUGGAGAUGUGGAAAUCAGAGAAUUAGUCACAGGCGUGCUUUGGAACCUGUCGUCAUGUGACGCACUCAAGAUGCCAAUCAUCCAAGAUGCCCUGGCUGUUCUGACCAACAGUGUCAUCAUCCCCCAUUCAAACUGGGACUCCUCCCCCAGUCACCAUGACGACCGCAAGCUCCAGCUUCAUACUUCGCAGGUGCUGCGCAAUGCUACGGGAUGUCUCAGGAACGUCAGCUCUGCAGGUGAGGAGGCGAGGCGGAGGAUGAGGGAGUGUGACGGCCUCACAGAUGCUCUGCUCUACGUCAUCCAGACCUCUCUAGGCAGCAGUGAGAUUGACAGCAAGACUGUGGAGAACUGCGUUUGCAUCCUGAGGAACCUGUCGUAUCGUCUGGCCGCCGAGACAUCUCACGGCCAGCAAGGGGGGCUGGAGGAGCUCGACGGUCUCCUCUGUGACGCCAACGGCCGCGACGGAGAGAGUUCCGGCUGCUGGGGCAAGAAGAAGAAGAAAAAGAAGGGCGCCGACCAGUGGGAUGGCGUUGGUCCCUUCCCAGACACAGUGGAUCCCCCCAAAGGGGUUCAGAUGCUCUGGCACCCCACCAUCGUCAAGCCCUACCUCACCUUGCUGUCUGAAUGUUCCAAUCCUGACACCCUGGAGGGAGCAGCUGGAGCCCUGCAGAACCUGGCUGCUGGCAGCUGGAAGUGGUCGGUGUACAUCCGGGCUGCCGUACGGAAGGAAAAAGGCCUUCCCAUACUGGUGGAGUUACUGCGGAUCGACAACGAUAAGGUGGUCUGCGCCGUGGCCACCGCGCUCAGAAAUAUGGCGCUGGACAUCCGGAACAAGGAGUUAAUUGGUAAAUACGCCAUGAGAGAUCUGAUCCAUCGGCUACCAGGCAGCAGCAGUAGCAGUAACAACAAUGCCACCAGCAGUGCCACCUCUGCUACUACAGGCUCACCCAGCAAGGCCAUGUCUGACGACACUGUCACCGCCAUCUGCUGCGCGCUACAUGAAGUAAUCACCAAGAACAUGGAGAACGCCAAAGCCCUUCGCGACGCCGGUGGCAUCGAAAAACUGAUCGGCAUCGCCCGGAGUAAAGGAGACAAACACUCGGCCAAGGUGGUGAAGGCGGCCUCUCAGGUUCUCAGCAGCAUGUGGCAAUACAGAGACCUGCGCUCCCUCUACAAGAAGGAUGGCUACUCCCAGUAUCACUUUGUGGGGUCUGCGUCAACAAUAGAAAGAGACAGACAGAGACCUUACUCGUCCUCUCGAACUCCGUCCGUCUCCCCUAUCAGGACAUCCCCAAACAACCGCUCGGCAAGCGCCCCUGCGUCUCCAAGAGAGAUGAUGAGUCUAAAGGAACGUAAGAUGGACUACGAUUCCACGGCAACCAACGCUGGUUUCCAUAGCAACAAAGGCGAGCACACAUCCCGGAAAGAUGGCAUGCCAGUAUCCUGUGGAACAUCGACGUUGUUCCGAAAUUCUUACCUGACCGCCAGUGAUGAUUUCAAGCCAAACCAGGCCCCAGUUCAGCCCUGCACCGUGGCCCCUCAGCCCCAGCAGGACAGCCCGUCGACCGCCGUGCUAAAAGACUACGACCACUACCCUCCUCCUCCCUCCUUCCCCCAGCCUCUGCCUCCGCAGCCUCCCCCUCACAGCCAGAGCAGGAGCUUCGACGAGGCCUACUACGAGGACCAGGGGCCGCCGCCGCCGCCCCUGCCCACCCAGCCGCAGGUCCAGGCGCAGGCCCAACCUCAGGCCCAACCCCAGCAGCCUCCCAGCACCGCCGGACCACCCCGGGACCCUCGGGAGGAUUUGCGCAUGCAUCUGGGCCUCAAGUCCACCGGCAACUAUGUAGACUUCUACUCCGCAUCCCGGCCCUACAGCGAACUGAACUACGAGACCAGCCACUACCCAGCCUCGCCUGACUCGUGGGUCUAGUUUGACUGCCAGGAUAAUGAUAAAGGGGUCACAGGUAUCUCAGAGUGAGGGGGAGGGGGGGAUUUAUUUUCAAAGCACAUCAAGUUUGCAAAGUAGUCCUUGACAAGAAGCCUCUUUAAGAACCGAGGCAGGAUAACAAAGUCAGGUCAAGUGACAAACAUUGCAUGCGCAUGCCGACGUGUUUUCUUUGUUUUGUUUUGUUUUUUUAAACCACCGCUCACUUUAUCUUCUGAGUGCUAAGGUGUGUGUGGGGGGCCAAGGAGGCCGUGGGCGGGCAAAUAGAGGAAGAAAGCAGGCGAUAAGGCGGCGGGAAAUGUCUAAAUAACAGGGGGCGAGCCGGGGAUGACGGGAUGAGUAAGAGCUUUUAUUCGCGGGAGGAGUCGUGACCUUUUUGCAGAGAGGAAGAGAGGAUGACUUGCCUCUCGAGGAGGUCAGGAAGAGUGGAAGCGGAGAAUUUGCUCUUUCCUAUUUGACCUGAACGUAGCACCGCUUCAACCCCACGCACUUUUUUUUUUUUGCCUCCAGAAGCCUGUGGAUUAUUUUUAAAGGAAUGUCAUCAUCUUUUUUUUUUCUACUUUUCUAGAUUUUUCAAGUCAUUCUUUUGUUGCUGUUGUUUUUUUUCAUUCGUGAUUCGCUUUUAGGACUGACAAAAAUAUGUAAAAUAAGAGACCCCAAAAAGGCAGACCGACAUCCCCAAGAUGGAUAUGGAAUCCCCAGCCGUAUAUAGAAAAAGAAACCCUGCAGUAUUUGUGUUGAAUAUGGUGGUGGAAAUGCACAAACGUGGAGUUGAUCAAGGCUGAGGCAUCAAAAAAAGUGCUUUUUCACUGCCUAAAAAGAACACAAGCAUAGUUUGUGUUCGGGUAGGUCUGUCUUGUCCUUUUUAGUGGGGGGAACCCUCAUGUCCCCGGGAACCAAUAUUGUACAUGACGUGACAGCAGGACCAGUAUGCCAAACUUUGGACAUUCUGUCACGGUUUACAGACACUGACUGGAUGUCUCACUCUGUUGUUUUCAUGUCCCCAUCAGGCCAGGGAUUGUGGUUCCGUAGAUGUGCAGCCUCACUGAGCAAACAGUGUGUGAGUUUGUGUGCAUGUAGGUGACAGAACGCGUGGUCUGUGCGUAGACACAUUAACUCGGGUGAGCGUAUUUAUGCAUGCGUGUGUGUAGUAGUGUGCGUAUGCCAAUGUUGCGUGUGUGUGUGUGUGUGUGUGUGUGUGUGUGUGUGUGUGUGUGUGUGUGUGUGUGUGUGUGUGUGU